GAUGACGAGUAUUGCUCAGAGAAAACCACCACACAAGCUUUCGAUUUCUCCAGGCACGGUUUGGAUGAUCCAUCGGCUUCCGGAUCGGAUCCGCCGACGAACGAGGAUAUUCCUCUGCGGUGAAAAGCGGCGGAGAGGUGGCUGAUGAAGGAGUACCGCACCUUAUCCUCACAUCUAUCGAAGCUGAUGUAGAAUUCCACCAUGAUCAGAAGACGCGUUGUUUGAGAACUAGUCCAAGAUUUGAAAAAAAGGAGGGUUUUUUUUUAUUGAGAUGUUUGCAACCAUGUCUUGUAUCUCCAAAGGAGACUCAACACACAUUUUGUCUCCUAACAAAACUCAGAUGGAGGAGGUCUCUUCCUCUUCCAAAGUCAAGGCACUUCCUUUGCCUCCCCAGCACCAAGUGUUUGUAAACUUCAGGGGAGAUGAGUUGCGGUACAACUUCGUUAGCCAUCUCACAAGUGCAUUGCUCAGAGAUGGGGUCAACAUCUUCAUUGACACGAAUGAGGAAAAAGGAAAAUCUUUAAAUGUGCUUUUCGAGAGGAUUGAAGAGUCGAGGAUCGCCUUGGCUCUCUUUUCUGUGAGGUACACCGAGUCAAAAUGGUGCCUGAACGAACUUGUGAAGAUGAAAGAAUGCAUGGACAAAGGUCAACUCCUCAUCAUUCCCAUCUUUUACAAGGUUCAAGCAUACGAAGUUCGGUUUCAGAAGGGACGGUUCGGUUAUUUGUUCAACAAGUUGCGCCAUGUUGACGUUGACAAGAAGAAGCAGUGGUCUGAAGCUUUGAACUCUGUCGCUGACCGAAUAGGCUUCUGCUUCGACGGAAAGAGCGACGAAAACAAGUUCAUCGACAGUAUCGUCGAAAAGGUUAAGCAAGCGCUGAGAAAAAUUCAGUUGGAUGAAAGCAAAGUCAACUCAGUUUUUCUUUCAAAAAACACUUCGUUGCACUUAGGAAGAGAAAACAAUGAGAUUUAUGGACUCAAGCAACGCUUGGACGAAUUGGAGGAGAAGUUUGAUCUUGACUGUCAGGAGACUCGAUAUUUGGGAGUUGUUGGGAUGCCAGGCAUCGGUAAAACCACUCUUGCAAGGGAGUUAUAUGAAACUUGGCAGUGCAAAUUCGUAAGUCACGUGUUAAUCCAAGAUAUUCGUAGAACUUCCAAGGAGCUCGGGUUGGAUUGCUUGCCUGCACUACUCUUGAAAGAAUUACUCGGUGUAAGAAAUUCAGACGUAAAAUCUUCUCAAGGCGCCUACGAAUCCUACAAGAAUGAACUACUCAAACAUAAAGUUCUCGUUGUUCUCGACGAUGUGAGUGACAGAAAGCAGAUAGAGGUUCUUCUGGGGAGAUGCGACUGGAUUAGGCAGGGAAGUAGAAUUGUCAUUUCAACAAGCGACAAGUCACUGAUCCAAGAUGUUGUCGACUAUACUUAUGUUGUCCCACAGUUAAACCACAAAGACGGACUAGGUCACUUUGGGCGUUAUGCCUUUGACCAUCAUUCCAGCAAACACAACAAUGAAGUCAUCAUGAAGCUAUCAAAAGAGUUUGUGCAUUAUGUUAGAGGUCAUCCGCUAGCUCUUAAGUUGUUGGGCGCAGAUCUUAAUGGGAAAGACGAGGGCUAUUGGAAAACAAUACUGGCAACACUCUCCCAAAGUUCCUGCCCGUGUAUUCGAGAUGUGUUGGAAGAAAGCUAUAAUGAGUUGAGUCAAGAGCACAAAGAGAUAUUUCUCGACAUGGCUUGUUUUAGAAAGGAAGAUGAGAGUUACGUUGCAAGUUUACUGGAUACAUCUGAAGCCGCAAGAGAAAUAAAAACUCUCAUGAACAAAUUCAUGAUAGAUGUUUCUGAUGGGCGAGUAGAGAUGCAUGAUAUACUAUAUACCUUCGCCAAGGAGAUUUGCCGAAGAGCACAUGCUCAAGAUGGAAAGGGGGGACAUAGGUUGUGGCAUCACCAAGACAUCAUUGAUGUACUACAGAACAUAGAGGAAGGCGAGAAUGUUAGAGGGAUUUUCCUAAACAUGAAUGAAAUGAAGAGGGAGAUGAGCUUAGACAGUUCCACCUUUGAACCAAUGCACGAUCUCAGAUACCUCAAGAUCUAUAGCUCAGGUUGUCCUCAGCAAUGUAGACCUAACAAUAAGAUAAGCCUCCCUGAUGGACUAAACUUUCCUCUGAAAGAGGUUCGCUACCUCCACUGGCGGGAGUUCCCAUUGAAAGAACUUCCACCAGAUUUCAACCCUUGCAAUCUAGUGGACCUUAAGCUUCCUUACAGCAAGAUUGAACGGAUCUGGAGUGAUGAUAAGUCACAGGAUACAUCAAAAUUGAAGUGGGUGGAUCUCAACCAUGCCAGUAACUUGCGCUUCUUGUCAGGCUUAUCAAAGGCUCGAAAUCUGCAAAGAUUGAACCUUGAAGGCUGCACCAAAAUGGAAACUUUACCCCAUGAUAUGCAACAUAUGAGAAGUCUUCUUUUCCUGAACCUGAAAGGGUGCACAAGUCUCAACUCUCUUCCGGAAAUAAGUUUGGUCUCACUAGAAACUCUCAUCCUCAGCAACUGCUCAAACCUGAAGGAAUUCCGGGUGAUCUCACAAAAUCUAGAAGCUCUAUACUUGGAUGGCACUUCAGUAAAAAAACUCCCUCUGGAUAUCAAAAUACUGAAGAGACUUGCCUUGUUGAAUAUGAAAGGAUGCACGAAGCUGAAGGAAUUUCCUGAUUGUCUUGAUGACUUGAAAGCUCUCAAGGAAUUGAUACUCUCAGAUUGCUCGAAGCUCCAACAUUUUCCUGCAAACGGCGAAAGCAUCAAGGUUUUAGAGACAUUGCGAUUGGAUGCGACAGGCUUAACUGAGAUUCCGAAGAUAUCCUCCUUACAGUGUUUAUGCUUAAGCAAGAAUGAUCAGAUCAUCUCCCUUCCAGAUAACAUCAGUCAACUCUAUCAACUAAAAUGGUUGGACUUGAAGUAUUGCAAGAGUCUUACAUCUAUUCCAAAGCUUCCACCAAAUCUUCAGCACUUUGAUGCACAUGGCUGUUGCUCACUUAAAACAGUCUCGAAUCCACUGGCAUGUCUUACGACAACUCAACAGAUCUGCUCCACGUUCAUAUUCACGAACUGCAACAAACUCGAGAUGAGUGCGAAGAAAGAUAUAUCUUCCUUUGCUCAAAGGAAAUGCCAGCUGCUUUCAGAUGCACAAAACUGCUGCAAUGUUUCGGAUUUGGAGCCUUUGUUCAGUACUUGCUUUCCUGGAAGUGAACUACCUUCAUGGUUAGGUCAUGAAGCCGUUGGAUGUAUGUUAGAGCUCAGAAUGCCCCCACAUUGGCGCGAAAAUAAGCUUGCCGGUCUAGCUUUAUGUGCUGUUGUCUCAUUUCCAAACUCCCAGGUACAAAUGAAGUGUUUUUCGGUGAAAUGCACAUUGAAGUUAGAAGUAAAAGAAGGGUCGUGGAUCGACUUUUCUUUCCCAGUUGGAAGUUGGAGAAAUCAGGACAAUGUUGUAGAGAAUACUGCAUCACCAGAGCAUGUCUUUAUUGUUUAUAUCAGCUGUUCAAAGAUCUUUAAACGUCUUGAAAGCCAGCAUUUUAUCAGCUCUGAUCCUACGAAGUCCACUCUAUCUAGUAAAUGUAGUCCUACCAAGGCCUCCUUUAAAUUCACGGUCACAGAUGGUACGAGCGAGAUACCGGGGCUCGAAGUGCUCAAGUGUGGCUUAAGGUUUUUUAUAGGUGGUGAGAGCAGUGGAGAGUGUUUAAAGAAGUUGGAAGUGAAGGAUGCUGAACAGAAUCUAAGUGCACAAAAGUUAUCAGAUAACUGGACGAGUGAAUCAGUAACCACUACUGAGGUUGCUGUUUUGCCUGAAAAUGCAAACAGUGCAGAACAGAGCCCAGAGACGGCUACAACAGCGGUUACGGCUUCACCAGAAAAAGCUAACAGUGCAGAAUUUCAAAUGGAAAUCUCCACAACCCCACGUGAAGGUCAACCACCCCCAUGUAUAAAAACUUCGAAAUGGGUAUGCUUUGCUUGUUUUGACUUGAGAAAACAUCUAUGAACUGUGGAAGAAAAUGAUAGCUCAACACUAGAGAAAAGUAACCAAGAUGCACAUAACAUAGGAUAGUUUGGUUUGUAUUCACCGAGAUGGAAUUUUUUUGGUACUUAGGGUAUUAGGUUCUUCAUUGUUGUGUGAACUUGUUUUUCGUUAAGGCUGGAGCUUUAAGUCAAGCUCUUGCCAAAUCAUAGAUGCUGAGGUUCUGAUGAUUUGUUUAUUUAGUUUUCAUUUUUUAUUUUCUUCU